AUGCCGAGAGAUAAGGUGAAACUGGAGUGGAUCGAAGACGAGGCCGAACGCCGGGCGGCCCUGAGAAAGCGGUGCGCGGGGCUGGUGAAGAAAGUCACCGAGCUGACGACGAUGUGCGGAGUUUCUGGGAUGUGCUUGAUCUACGGCCUAGGGGAAGAGCAACCGACGGUGUGGCCGUCGCACGACGAGGCAAAGCAGAUGCUGAUGAGAUCCUCGUCGUUGUCGUCGAAGACCAGCCGGAGCAAGAACAUGACCGACCAGAAAGGAUACCUGCGUAACGCCGUUCUCAAGGCGCAGGAGAACCAACGGAAGCAGCUCCAGAAGUUGCGGAACAUGGAGCUGACGUGGCUCAUGAAUGUGGUUGAUGGUGAGAAUGGGCUGGACAAGCUGGAGACAUCCCAGGUGAACAGCCUGGCUGGGCUGAUCCACGAGAAGAUUCAAGAGAUUCGGAAGCGGAUCGGGCCGGUUGGGUCUAACCCACCCGGUCGGGUCGAGGGGGAGAAUCAGGAGGAUAGGAAGCCGGAUCUGGAAAUUGACUACAUGGCAAUAAUGAAUCAGGAGGCUAAGCGACGUCGUACUGUGGGGCCGAGCGACGGUGAGGAGGGAAGCAGCGGGCCGGAGCUAGGGCUCCGGCUUGGGAGGGAUGGUGAUGAUGUGGGUUCUGAGAAGGCGACGGCUGAUGUUGGUGGUCUUCGUGAGCUGGACUUGUUUCCCGGCGGAAUGUGCAGUGGCGGUGGCCAGUGACUGCAGCUAUGGUUUGGCCCAAUAAUAAGAUUUGUUCGUCUUUUUUCUUAUAUGGAUGUUUAAUUUACAGCUG